AUGCCUUCGACUCCGAGCCACUCGCGUCACGCCUCGAGCGUCGAUGCCUCAUACCAGUACAGCGCAACCUCGUCUCCCCAACACCGCCGACAGUCGAGAUCUUCAACACACGAAUCGACAACGCCCCUAAGGGGCAGCUUCAACCAACAAGAUGCUCUCGAUGUAUCCUACGCCAGUGGGGGCGCGGCUGCCGGGAACGGCUUGGGGAAUCUCGCAGACGAGCUGGCCGACGCCUUCUCCGAUUCGGGCGACGAGGGAGAAUACUACGAAGACGAGACCGGUGCCCCAAACAUCAGUGUCGAGGAGGCCGAUGGCAAACCGGGCGCAGAGGGAACACGGGACAGUGGUGUUGAUGUCGCAAGCCUUGGUGAAGCUGGCAGCAAGGCCAGGAAUCUCAACCUGGGCCCUCCGUCGCCUCCCCGGCGCGGCCACCGCAGAAGCGGGAGCGAGUACGAUGGCAGUGAAUAUGGGUCUGAGUCGGAUCUCGACUCUCCAGGCAUGCUUCCUAGCCUGGUCGCAAAAAUUGAUGCGGUGGAGUCACUGGCUAGAAGAGGGACAGAGAGCAACGGGGGGCCCACGGAUGGAGUCUUUAGCCGCGUAACGGAGAGCUUGAGGGAUCUUGGAUCUCAGGCCGGCGUCGAGGGAAGCGCAACGAGGCUUAUCACCGCUCACUCGGCACUCACGACCCACCUGACACACCAGACUCGUCAACUACAUAAUUUGACGUUUCCGCUGCUUUCUCCGCUCGUCCCGCCUCCAGAUUCAGAGACCGUCGACGACUUGUUGCCCCUCCUACUCGAGCUGUCAGAGUCAAUGCCCCGGCCAACGACGAAAGCAUAUGACUCCUUAACGGCGCUCCACACCCUCACAAGUGACCUCGUCCAGAGCCUCAACUACUUAUCGGACACCUUGCACAUGUCGAGGCAGACGACUACGACAGCCACCCGUCGGUUGAAGAGCGCCAAGGAGCUAGUUGCCGAGAUCAGGAGAGAAGAGGAGCUCUGCGAGGAAGGCGAGAGGUGGCUCACACGUGGAAACUGGAGCGAGAGACUGCGGAAACGCGAGUGCGCGGGGGUAUGCGGCGAUGUUGUGAGUGGCUUUGAGGAGGUCUGCGAUGGAUGGCGUGCACGAUUACUAGAGCAAGCCGGUUCUGCUCCGGCUUGA